AUGGCAAGUCAAGCCACUGCAACCGAAGAGACGCAUAGUUAUUACUCCUCCGCCUCCUGGCAUCACCACGCCGCAAACGCCACCGCCCCUGUCUCGGGAACGCCACCCUCGACAGCGAAGCAGAACUCCCAGCUUUCCUGGACCAAGUAUCACACAAGUGCCGCAAACCCAUACCCCGAGUCCUCCGGUGUACACAACCUCACCCACGGCGAGGUUUGGCCCUUGUGGUUCCCUCACCAGGCCUCUCUCUACCAAGCGCAAGUCUUGCACUACAGCAAUCUGGUUUCUCCAGGGCGGGGAGGCGGACUGCAGCAACCACAAUCGCUUCCUCCCUCCACCGUGGCGACCCCUAGUCAGAGCCAGUCGGCUGGCCGGUCGAGAGCCUCUUCCAAGGUGUCGAACAAGGAGCACCCAUCCUCCAAGGGCAACGAGAAAGGCCAUGGGAAUAAAGCCGCCAACAAUAAGGACAAAGGCGACAGAGCUGUCAUAGCAGGCAGAGUUUCGCCCACGAUGGCUAAUCCGAAGCAGAGCCAGCACUCUCAGGGCGAGCACCUGUCCCACCCCUUGCCCGCGCGUCCUCGUGGUGGCCACAAGCAUGCAAUUCAACCCCACUCGAAUUCGGUCCCUUCUACUCCUCAACAGCAUGCUAGGAACUUCUCUUACGAGUCGAGGGAGCCCUCUCCUACUGCCAACAACAACCAUUCACCUCGGUCGGCGUAUUCCGAAACCAACAGCGCCCUUCCCUCGUUACGACCGCUUGUCCCCACCAUUACAUGUAAAUUCGAGACGUCAUCGUACAAUUUUAAGAGGCGAAUGCCCUACAACAUUGGCAGCGGUGUCUGCGAGAAGGUGGACGCGGUCAAGAUCAAGACAAAGUUGACGGAGGAGCACGAGCGAAAGCUGACGUCCGACAUGCGUGAGCUCUACGACAGGUUACUACCAACGCCGAAAGUCGAAGAAAACCGUCAGAAGUUGGUCGCGAAACUACAGAAGAUUUUCAACGACGAGUGGCCUGGGCAUGAUAUCCGAGUGCACCUCUUUGGCUCCUCGGGAAACUUGCUUUGCUCCGACGACUCAGAUGUCUCUUCUCCAUCAGAGGGCAUGGAGAAGGUCGUUUGUAUUUCUGCCGCCAAAGUCCCCAUCGUCAAGAUCUGGGAUCCCGAGCUUGGUUUGGCAUGUGACAUGAACGUCAACAACACAUCUGCUUUGGAGAACACUCGAAUGGUGCGGACAUAUGUUGAAACCGAUCCGCGGGUUCGUCCGUUGGCUAUGAUUAUCAAGUAUUGGACAAGGAGAAGGAUAGUCAACGACGCCGCUUUCGGCAGCACUCUCAGCUCGUACACGUGGAUUUGCCUGAUCAUCGCCUUUCUCCAGUUGCGAGAUCCCCCAGUCCUGCCGGCGUUGCAUCAAAACAAAGCCAUGCGGCUUUCCAAGAAAGGAGGGCCCGAAAGCACCUUUGCCGACGAUAUCGAUCGUUUGAAGGGCUUUGGCGAUAAGAAUAAAUCGACACUAGGGGAGCUUUUGUUCCAGUUCUUCCGGUACUACGCGCACGAGUUCGACUACGACAAGCACGUCCUGUCGGUGCGACAGGGGAAGAAGCUUCUUCGAUCCGAGAAGAAGUGGGCAAAUAACCUCUGCGUCGAGGAACCCUUCAACAUUGGGCGGAAUCUGGGUAAUACCGCAGAUGAGUACUCAUUUCGGGGACUCCAUCUAGAACUUCGGAGAGCAUUCGAUUGCAUCGCCGAGGCAAAGCUGGACGAGUGCUGCGAGCACGGGAACUCGAGUAGACGAGCAUCAUCAGGAGUGGCAUACGACACCAACACGAUGUAUAUGCCCCAGAAUCCGAUGACACCGCAAGAGGUGGCUUGGUACCAGCACGCAGCCGCCCAACAGCUGCAGUACCCGGGCAUUCUUUUCAACCAGUCUCAGGUGCUCCAGAUGCAAGCUCAAAUGGCAGCUCAACUUCACGCCCAUCAGAGGAUGCAGGGCGGCUCAUCUACGCCCCAACAACAGUCCCAACAGUCUCAGCAGGGCUCAUCUGAGCGCUCUAGGACGAAUUCGUUUGAGAACCCCCCGCUGAGCGCUCCCCUCGCUGCGUCGGACUGGUACAGCAUGUACAACUUGCAACUCCAGGCCUUCUAUGGCGCGCCGGCGUACACGUACCCACCCUCACCGGCAACCACGUCUGCUGCUGGACCAGAGUACAGGAGGCAAAGAUCGACGAUGGCAGCCGAUUCGGGCGCCUCAACGUCGGGAAGCUCGCUUAGAUCGCAAUCCCAACCAGCAUCACGCUCGGCUCCCCAGGGCCAACCAGGCCAACCCUUCUCAGGCUCGGCGCCGCAGUCCAAUGGCAUCGCGGGCCCACGACUCGCCAACGGCGUCUCUAUCCCCAGCUUUACGCCAGAGGAUGCAGACUAUGAUGCGGUGCCUAGGCAACCGAGCAAAGACUCCCCAGCGUCUGACGAAGGGACGUACGCUGGGUAUUACGUGGCUGACGCCUCGAGCCCAAACCAGCGGGCACAGCCCAUUCCCAACGGUAUUGCCUUUGGUGAUCUGGCACACAAUGCCCAAGGCCGGCGCAGAUUGUCGACCGACCAGAUCCCGCAAACAUUGCUGGAUCGCCGUCUCCGAAGGAAGUCCCGCUCCCCGUCGCCAUCGCCCCUGGGUCAUGCCAGAGCGUAUUCGAUCGGCACCCAAGCAGGCCCAUCGUCUUCUGCUCCAAUGACAGUACCAGCCAACCAGAGCAAUGGCAACCGAUCAGCCGCCCGGCCUCUGGUGGUCAAUGGUACUGGGUCCUCGGCAUGGCGGGCAAGCUCGACCCCUUCGCACCGGCAAGGAUCCUCGAAUCUGUCUGUCACUGACAAUAUUGCGCGGGAAGACAAUGUCUCACUCUGCGCCGAUAAUGUCUACAACGUUCCAGGACUCGGCAUCAGCACGCAGCAUGCACCUGCGGUGGACCUUCCACACGCGGUCACGGCAGACGGUGCCCGUUCCCAAAGCUUGGUGCCUGAGACACGGACGCCAGUCAUUGUGAACGGGAGCACGAAUGUGUCAACCUCCUCUGCCGCAGCAGGCAUCCCUAUUCCUGGUGCUGUUCAGUCCAUGGAGGACGCCUCUUUCCGAGACCGCAUCAACCUGAUGGGAUUGACGAAUUAUCAGACUCAGCAUACAGCAUUCCAGUCCGAUGCCGCCAGUGGUGCAUCAACCUCGACGACGAGACAAAGGUUAAGCACUAGACAACAUCAGAACGGGGUCAUUGCACCGCUUGAUCUUGCAGUCCGCGAAGGUCGUAGCAGUGGACAUCCGCUGGCCCUCGACCCGCAACACCUCUCUCCCAUCAACGAGACGAGAUCUCCCUCGCCAACUACCGUCCGUAAGCUUGAUCACGCGUUCAAGGCCGACAUCACCAAUCUGCCCCGUAGUGGCACCAUGGACAGUCUGGCCGAGCCUUUCCGACCUGGACAGGCUCUCACUGAGCAGAAGAUGUUGUCUGCCAAGGAGCAGAGUCAGCUGCCAAUUCCGCCAUUCAACCCGAAGCUGGGUGAAUCUCGCGAGAAUGGACACACUCGUGGCGCCAAGAGCGAGAGCCAUAGUGCUGAUGGUGCUUGGCAGAAGGCCACCAAGAGCCGCAAAAAGGGAGGGGACGGCCGGGUCGCUGCGCCAAGCGAACAACCUCCUCGACGCGGAGAGGACAGAAAGGGCGGCUGAGGCGGUUUUGCCCAAGUCCCGUGUCGGCGCGUUCGGUAGAUGCGCUGCCAGAUGCAGAUAGCUGGCUGGGUUUUGGAAAACAGGAAAGCGCCCAGGGCCGAAUCUUGCAUGACUGUGCUGCGCCGGCUUUUACGGACUCUAGGUGUCUGUACGCAUUUCGCUCGACUCUGGUUGGACAUGCGUCUUUAGGAUGCCAUCUGUCGAACCCAGUCAAGAACGAGGGAUGAGAUAUGCCUUCGAGGACGGGAGAGGAGCGAUGAAGGACGAUGAAAUCGGCGCCUGUUGUAGGAUUGUAUGGUCUACGUAUAAUGAGGCGGACGGGAAGACGCAUAUGAGGCAAUCGGUUUCCUCAUGACUAAAAUCAGGCGUCUGGUCAACAAGCGAGGAGAGUAGAGGUGGGAGACGCCUAGGCAGCAAGGUCUGCCAAUUCCACAGCAUCCAGUCACGGACCAGGGUAUGCAAGUGGAAAGGCCCUCAUCAAGGGCGGAUAAAGAUGGCAGAUAGACCGUCAGACACAGGACAGCAAAUGCUCUUUUUUUUUUUUUUUACACUCUCCGCCGACCUUUCUUACUCAAGCACCUUGCCUUUCAGCAUCACUCGGCGGAAAAAGGCUUCAUCCUCACCGAAUGUGGAAAGGACGAAAUCACUCGUCCCAGUUCUCGCUGGCUAUCACAGUAUGGAGAUUGCGCCAUCAAACAGCUGGCCAGCCUUGCUCGCCUGUUUAGGGUAUACAGCUUGCGGCCGAUCCCUGAGUGGGUGUCUUGGUUGCUCUUUACACCAUGGGCAGCGCAAACAUCGCCAGGGCAGUGUGCAAGUUUGGUUAUCGCCGGGGCAGGGAUUUUCUACGUUGUUCCCUUUCAAGCUCGAGGUUUUCUGCGUUUUCGGUAAGCAAAGAAGGCACCCGCAUUGCCAUGACUGGUACAUUGCACAUUGUCACAUACGGAGGGGGAGGGGGGACAUGGGAAGAUGAGCGAAACCGUACAUGCGCGAGAACAAUCUUAUGAGGCUGGCUGGCUUGUUUUCAAAACGGCGUUUUGGUUGUACAGCAAAUAGAUCAGAAGCUUUAGCGACGAGUCAGCAUGUUGAAUGGCAGACGUUUUGUUUU